AGCGACGAGCGAUCCCUAGCGUUUCAGCUGCCGCCGACGCUGGCCGAGUCGCUUCCGUUGGACAACUGUCGAUGGCACUGGAAACAGGACAUGAUUUGUUAACUGAACUGAGAUUCAUGGAGCUUGCCUUGGAGCAGGCCAGGUUUGCUCUCGAAAACCUAGAAGUUCCAGUUGGAUGUGUUAUAGUGGAGGAUGGAAAAGUCAUAGCCUCGGGUAGCAACCGUACCUCAGCAACACGAAAUGCUACUAGACAUGCAGAAAUGGAAGCUAUUGAUACGUUACUUGAGGAGUGGCAAAAGAUUGGUCUUGGUCAAUCAGAAGUUGCAGAGAAAUUUUCAAGAUGUGAUCUAUAUGUUACAUGUGAACCAUGCAUAAUGUGUGCAACGGCUUUGUCCAUUCUUGGAAUAGGAAAAGUAUUUUACGGUUGUUCCAAUGAUAAAUUUGGAGGUUGUGGAUCUGUCUUAUCCCUACAUGAAAGUGCUUCUGAAAAAUUGUCCAGAGGUGAUUUACAAGCAAAGAGUUUCAAAUGUACUGGAGGUCUAAUGUCAGAAGAAGCUGUUGCACUUUUCCGAAAUUUCUAUGAACAAGGAAAUCCCAAUGCUCCAAAGCCUCACCGACCUGUCCGAAUGCCUCAAUCAACAGAAUAAAGUUGACUUUCUUAUUCAUUGAUGCCGCAUUUCCCGAACUCCAUGUAUCUGGUACAGCUUCUUGUAUGUUGAAAAGCUUUUGAGAGAGACAUUGGGGAUCAUAAGCGUGAUACAUUCCACACGAGGACAGCUGAAUGCACCAAGACAAUCAUCCUUAUCAGUUGAUGAUUGCCUUAAGCUUAAGCUGUUACCCUCGUGCUUUUCUUACAAGGAACAUAGUCAAUUAAAAUUUAGAGUCGAACGACCCAAAUCAUGUAACUUAAGUUUUUAACUGUAUGUUUUCAGAGAAAGUUAAUAUUAAUUGUCUCAUAAGCAGCAUUAUCUGACUGAUUUUAUACA